AUGGGCAAGUUGAUGCGCAUCGUGGAACGGUUCUGCGCUCUUGAAGAAUUUUACGCGGACCGCGCGGCUCAAAGGCUAACAAACUCAACUACAAGCCUCCCAACGGUUACACCUCAGUUGCCAGCACCAGUCGCACCGCAGCAACCUCAGCCAAAGAAACUUGUCCACAACAUCAAGGAAGGAAAGAAGCACCAGCCGAAGUACAUCAAUCGAACCAAAACACCCACCCAACCACCUGCUGGCAAUCCCAACCCAAAUGAACAGCGGCCAACGAUACACGUUAUUCACGGCCCCGUGACAAAGGAAUCUGAAACUAACCUUCGGGCCGACCUCAACUGCGCAUCCACUUCCAAGCAAGUACUUGCGGUAGGACCUGGAUCCAAAUGUCCACGUCUAGAAGAGUUACCCAAAUGGACAAUAACUUUUACCGAGCGCGAUCUAGAACAUGUGCAAACACCACACUCCGACGCUCUCGUCGUAACCAUCCAAAUUGGAGUUCAUGACGUUAAGCGCGUUCUAAUCGAUCAGGGAAGCUCGGCGGAGGUCAUGUACUAUGACUUGUUCAAAAAGCUUGAUCUCCCAAAAUUGGCUUUGCAACCCGCCGAAAUACCCCUCAUCGGAUUCAAUGGAGCAUCCGUUUGGCCACUUGGUCGAAUCUUCCUACCAGUCGUCGUUGGCUCAAAAACGUUGAGCGUCAAAUUCAUCGUCGUCAACGUACCUAGCUCAUACAAUGCAAUUCUUGGCCGAACUUGGCUACACGGCAUGCAAGCAAUCGCCUCAACCUACCACCAGAUCGUUCGCUUCAUCGGUAUCAAUGGGAGAUAG